AUGGAAACGUGGUUUUGGGUUCUCGGCUGGUUCCUCAGUAUUCUCACGAUGGUUGUAAAUGGAUUUGUCAUCCUCCUCGUCUGCAGGAAACGUCACCUUCGCACCAAAACCAACACAUUCAUCGUGUCUUUAGCAGUGGCUGAUUUUGGUGUCGGGAUGCUUGCUGUUCCUUUACGCUUUUUUUGCAGCCUUGCAAUCGAAUGCACUCUACGCUCAAAAGAGAGAUUAAUUGUGACAUUUGUAGAGAUGAUCAUUAUUUACACCUCUGGAAUAAACUUGUUUAGUUUAGUACUGGAACGUUAUAUUGCUGUUGUGAAACCUUUGAAAUAUUUGACUUUUAUGAAGCGCCGUCGAGUCAUUCAAAUGGUUCUAACAUCUUGGGGAAUUCCUUUUCUUUUCACUCUUACUUUAGUUUCGUUGAUUAAACUUAGUGCAAUCGAUCUUGCCAGGACUUUCAGCAGCUACUUGGGUUUGCUUGUUGAGGUAAUCUUGUGCGUAAUUCUUAUCUUUCUUCUUGCAUCCAUGUUUCUUGUUGUUUACAAUCUGAACUCUAGAGAUCGCACUUUAGCCAAGCAAUUGCGGUUUAAUCAACUGGUCGUUAGAGCUAAAACUCAGAACAUGUCAGCAGUAAAAUGGGUGGCUUUGAUAACGUGUGUGUUUUUAUCGUGUUAUGGAAUAAUGAUGCGUUGUAGUUUGUUACUUUUAACUGAUAAUCAAUCAUGUAACGAUUCUUAUUUCAAAAUACCUCUACGAGUUAUUAACUCUGGAAUAAACCCUAUAGCUUAUGCUUUCUUCAAAAGAGAUAUAAAACGAGAAUUUAAAAGGCUUCUCGAUCUGCAGAAGGCGUCGUUAAUAAACAACAGAAUAGUUCCGACGCAAGAGCAACAGAGUAGUUAA